GGGGGCGGCUCCGCGUCCUGAGGGCGAGCCCCAGCUGCCUAGAGCCGGGCGGCACGGAGCGGGCUAGAGCCGGAGGCUGCCGGCGGCGGCAAGUGGGAUGCGAAGGAAGGCAAGGGCGGGCAGGGGAAGGCGGCUGUGGCGAGGCGACGCGCCCCAGCCUGGGUUCGGUCACGCCGUGGAGCGCUGAGGCCAAAAGCGGACCCCUCGAGAAAAGCAACAAACCAAUGAAAAAGAUCUAAAGCUUUUGAAAAAUAUGAGAUACAAAGAUUUCAGAUGUCACGUGUGACGAAUCCAUGAUAAUCUGGAAUGGAGUGGUUUUAUAUCUAGCCUUACUUACUUGUGAGCAGUUCGUGUAAGCCAGAGAAGAUGAAUCACACAAAUCUCACUACAGAAGACAGUGUGGCUGUCAGAUCAAAGACAGUCACUGAAAACAUGCUUAUUGCCCUGACUUUAUCUGUAAUUACAACCCUAACGAUGCUGCUGAACUCUUCCGUCAUUUCUGCCAUCUGUACAACGAAGAAGCUCCGUCAGCCAGCAAACUACUUAAUAUGCUCACUGGCUGUUACAGACUUACUUGUUGCAGUUUUGGUCAUGCCACUGAGUAUUACAUACAUAGUGAUGGAAAAGUGGACUUUGGGAUACUUUCUCUGUGAGGUAUGGCUGAGCAUUGACAUGACUUGCUGCACAUGCUCAAUACUUCAUCUUUGCGUCAUUGCACUGGAUAGAUACUGGGCGAUUACAAAUGCCAUUGAGUAUGCCAGGAAAAGAACCCCAAAGAGAGCUGGCGUUAUGAUUGGCACUGUGUGGACAAUAUCCACCUUCAUCUCAAUGCCUCCUUUGUUUUGGAGAAACCACAGCGGUAACACCAACACCAGUGAAUGUCAGAUUCAACAUAAUCAUGUGAUCUAUACCAUUUACUCCACAUUUGGAGCAUUUUAUAUACCUCUGACCCUCAUACUGAUUGUCUAUUACCGAAUUUAUCAUGCUGCAAAGAGUCUUUAUCAAAAGCGUGGGUCGAGCCGACAUCUCAGCAGCCGGAGUACUGACAGUCAAAAUUCGUUUGCCAGUUGUAAAUUUACACAAACUUUCUGCGUGUCAGAUUUCUCCACAUCUGACCCAACCACAGAAUUUGACAGAAUGCACUCUUCUGUGAGAAGCCCUACCUUUGACAACGACUUGGAUUUUGUUGGAGACCGACAGCAGAUUUCCAGUGUCCGUGAACGCAAGGCAGCACGCAUUCUUGGCCUUAUUUUAAGUGCGUUCAUUCUGUCUUGGCUGCCCUUUUUUAUUAAGGAGCUCAUUGUGGGCCUUGGGAUUAGCACUGUGUCUUCAGAAGUGGCUCAUUUUUUGACAUGGCUCGGUUAUGUGAAUUCACUGAUCAAUCCUCUGUUGUACACUAGUUUUAAUGAAGAUUUUAAACUUGCCUUUAAAAAGCUUGUAAAGUGUUGGGAACACUCUUAAAACAAUUCUGGCCAGUUGCCAUGUGACUUACUGGCCUUAAAUAUGAGAAAUAACUGACUGAACCUAAUAGCCUGUUCGGGUUCUUUUAUUUUUAGGUUGAGAGUGGCCCAUAAAAGGGGUUUGUUUUGCUUGUCUUUCAGCUUCAUUACUCUUUACCCUGUAAAUCUGUCAUGCUGUUUUCUACCUCUUUGUAUCAUGAAUAUAUGAGUUUCUACACCAGGAGUUUCAAAUACAUUUUAUUACACAGGUUCGUUCUUUCCCUCCCUCUCCCUCCUUUUUUUUAAAGGCAGCACAUAAGACAGUGUAUUUAGGCCACUUGUAACAUAGACAUCCACCUAUGUUAGUAACAACCUGCCACUUCCCCCUUCCUACCUGAUUCUCAAGCAUAAAAUGUAUACAAAAACUUGGUGCUGGAUCAGACAAAAAGCCUCUGCAAUCCAGGAUUCUAUUCCACACAGUGGCCAACCAGUUGUCUACUGAAAACCUUAAAGCAGAACAUCAACACAACAAUAUCUGCAUACUUGUGUUCCCCAGCAAAUGGCAUUCCAAGGCAUUCUGCUUCUGCUUCCAAAGGUAGUGUAGCCACCCUAUCUAGGGGCCACUGGCAGCCUUGAUCUCCACUACUGUACUUGGUUGGUUCUUUCCUUCUAAAGAUGUAAACCUUCACUCAUUUUGUUCUUGCAAGUAACUACAUGUUUUGCAAAAACUGCAUGUUCCAUAUAACCGGCAGUAACUUUUUUUUAUUGUGGGUUAUCUAAAAACGGAUGUGAAACCACCUUUUUCACACGUCCUUCUUGAAUGUGAAUCCUGGCAUUAAAGCAGAGUAUGGCACAGUGCCGAGAGAAACAC